GCUCUCUGUCCGACAUACGAACGCACCAUGUCCGACACCGCUGGCUGCAGAAUUCUCGUCAUAUCUCCCUCCGCGAGCCGUGCUCACCAGUUCGUGGAACGUAUCCAGGCGCUCUCCGCUUCUCGUACAGCAUCCCCCGACGGUGUGGCUCAGUCCACGGAGGCGACAGAGGCCGACCCUAGUCUGCGCACAUCCGUUACGUCGACUAUCGGCCCUGGCAAUAAUCCGCUGUCUGCGGGAAGCAGUACCAGCGUCCCUUGGACAAUCGUGAACAAGUACUACACUGCGGACGUUCACUUCGAGACACAUGAGUUCGAGCACUUCAGGGUACAUCAUGCCAUCGGUGUGCCGGCGGUGAUCUACGUGUGGGGACCGGGCGAGCCGUACAAAGAACACAUCCCAGAGAUUGCCACUAAGAUCCAGCAUUAUGAUCCCGAGGUGUCUCUGGCGGUGCGAUUUGGCGACAGUGUAUCGGUCUCUGCUUCCGCUGCACCACUAAGCACCGAAGACGAUGGCCUCGACGAGUUUUUGUCCACUCACGGCUUUGAGUUCGUCGAAGGCGAGCGAUCGUACCGCCGCCCAACACAAGAUCGUGACAGGCAUUCUGACGAUGAAGACUCGGCUAUCCCUGGUCUACCCCGCGUUAUCGAUGCGCUCAGCACGAUUAUGUGGCCCUCCAUCGUCCAGUCCCAGACAACGCGACAACGCAAAUCCCGCGCCCGUGAACUCCUCGGCUGGGCGCUGGAGGAGGAGGCCGACGACGGUCUCCGCGCACUCAUCGCGGACCCCUCCGCUUCCUCCGCAGACCCGACCGAGGCCAUCGCUGCCGCUGCUGCGAACGCGCGCAAGAGCCGCAUGCAGCGCGAGAUGGAGGAGCUCGAGCGCUGGCUAGGGGACGAGGAGGCCGGGUCAGGGUUACAAUACACGCGCAACAGCACCGAUGGCAAGGUGCCAGAACGCGUCGGGGAAGUGGAGGCGGGGAAGAUGCAGGCGUGGGUCACCAGCGCCCCAGUGCACUCCGCGGAGGGAUGGGAGGACAUGACGACCCCUCCUGCUAUUCGUACGCCCCGGCCAGAUGACGAGAGCUACCACGCUGCAGCCAGCGCAGAGCACGGGUUCGAGGACGAUUUCGCGGACUUCGUCUCCGUCACCUCCGAUUCAAACCUCCACCUGCCCCAGCAUGGCUUCGGGUCCGGUUUCGGACACAGGGACGAUCGGCUGCUAGAAGUCAGCUACGACACCGCUAGGCUCACGCCGAUGCACACAGGCGCGUCGUACCGCUCGCUCACAUCCAUCUCCGACUUUGGGGGCGAUGAGAGCGUGUUCGUCGAGCGAGACGCACUACACUCAAGCGGGUACGGUGCUCUUGGCGACGAGGAUGGCGACGGAGACAACGACCCCGACCUGCCAUCCCGCGCGGAGAUCCUGGAGACCUCCCGCAGGCUGUUCGGUGCCGCAGCUUUCGCACCCGCCUCCGAGUCUCACGCAGUGUCGCAACCGGUCGCUCAGUCCCCUCCAUCUUCCGUACCAGCGUCUACCACGCACUCCCAAGAAGCUCCUGCUAGCUCUUCAAGUACUACCUCCACCCCGACACACCCCGCCAGCGCUACUACAGACGCAGACGCGGACACUUCCGCCGAUCUCUCGCUGGACUCGGAGGAUGGCGACGAGUCCUCGUUCGCCCCUUUCGACCUCUCGCGCGUGUUUAGCGCGCUGCAGGGCAUGAAGGCUGAGAUCGCGGGUAUGGAGGACGAGGACGAGCGCCGACGCGCCGCGGCACGGGUUGCGCUGGGCUUGGUAUAUGGGCUUGAGGCUCAGCGCGACGGCCAGGAGCCGUAAGCGUAAGGAGCAUGUUGGCCUGUGGCCAUUGUUUUAGGUCGACAAGCAGGUCAUGGAUUGGAUUCGU